UUGCCGGAAGUGUCGCCUUGGCAACGCGGAGGGGCGCUGGCGGGGUCCCGCCGCUGCGAGCUGUGCGGGGCGGCGGCCCGGCUCCGCUGCCGCCGCUGCCGCCUCACGUACUACUGUGAUGUAGAUCAUCAAACAGCCGACUGGGUUAGUAUCCACGAGCAAAUAUGCCAGCUGCUGAUUCCAAUCCGUACGUCCCUCCCUUUUCUCCUUUCUGAAAAAGAAAGAAAACAUAACAUGGAACAGGUGAUGAAGAGGCAGAAAUACAUCAUCGAUCUUGCGUCCAGCACAGCCCAGAGGUUUGUUUUGGAUGGAAAGCACGAAGAAGCAAUACCUGCAGCUCUGCACGCACUGCGUUUCAGCACUGAAGUGUACGGCUCAAAUUCUGUGCAGUUGGUGCCUGCUUAUCUCCUCUUGGCUGAGGCCUCCACUGGUGCUGGCUGUCUUCUGCAGGCAUCAAAGUAUCUCUCCCAAGCCCAGUGGAUUGUCCUCAGAACUCCAGACUGCAGUGUUGCUGUUCAGCAGAAAUUACAUCGUAGUCUGGGGCUUUUCUGUGCUGCUGAAGAAAACUUUGAACAGGCUUUAUAUCACCUGGCGAACGAUAUUUACCUUACCAGUUCUAUGUUUGGACUGAAAUCUAUUGAGACCUCUGGAGGGUAUUUCCACAUGGCUAAUAUUUUCUUUCACCAGAACAAAAUGGACAUAGCAAACUCACUCUAUGCUGAGGUGACCGACAUCUGGCAUGCCUUUCUCGUGAAGUCACUUCGAGCACAGGAGCAAAUUAUCAACUCCCGACCGGAAAUGUCUCCGCUCACCGGGGACGAGGCAGUCGGCAAAGCCUCGCUGACUGAAGCCCAGCAAGCAGAAGCAAUCCGAGUACUGAAUGCUGUAUUAGAUAUCAGAGAACAGGCUCCAAAGCAACAACCCAGGGAAACUGCCCGAGUUUUGCACACCCUGGCCAUGCUAUAUUACCUGGGCAUGGAUUUACCCAAGGCUGGUGAGGUGGGUACCAAAGCCUUUAACCUGGUGAAAGGACUGCCCCAACAAGAGUCUCUGGAGGCCAUUGGUCAUUUGUUAAAGUUGAUUAACUCCACGCCUUCCUGCACAAAAUAAAGAACUCUUUCUCCCA